UCCGGGUUCUAGUGUUUACAACUGGAUCUUCGGUGCAGCUGGAGUUUGUUCUGCUUGGUGAACAACUCAUCUGUCAUAUCAUACACGUUCUUCAAGCCUUGGGAUUUUUGCACGUUUUAGAUCAGUUGUACAUGAAAACAGCAUAAAUUAAACCUUUUGAUAUUUUGCUCAGUAGUUAGCAAACGUAGCGGAGUCGAGCUAAGCAGCUAAGCAGCUAGCAUCAGAAAUCAAUGUAAAAUGUCCCGAAUGCUUCUGUGCGAUUGCUUGUGGAAAUAUGAGAAAUAGGUGACGGUAAUACUUGGCUUUCACAAGAAUUAAACUUGUAGCACGCAUUGCAGGGCUCGAUUCACCAGAUCAGCUGCUGACAGCCCACAAAACAAACCAUGAAAAAGAAAAGCAAGUGUCCAAGGACAUCCGAGAGUUCCCGGCAGGGGGGAAAAAGAUCUGGCAACAGAGGAAGACCCCGGAAGACCCUUCCCACAGCAACAGAUGGCUUGUUUAGUGACAGUGCGGGAACAGAUGUCAACACCAACUCAGACUUGAGCAUGAUGACAGCAGAAAAUGAACCGAAACAUCCAGACAGCAGGUCCAGAUCUUCAGGCAAAGUGUCAGCUGCCCUCUGUCGACUCUGCCAUGGAAAGUUCUCCCCACGCAGCCUGCGGCACGCCUUCAACAAAUGGCCUCAGGACUCCCUGGAAACCGUUGAAGAGUCAGACACGACGACCCAAUCUGCCCUUUUAUUUCAUACAGACUUCCAGCACUUGGUCGGCGUCCAGGUGGACCGUGACCCCAGACUAUCUGAGUUUAUCUGCAAAAAGUGCCACGCUAAGUUUUACAAGUGCCACAGCAUCCUGAUCAGGUUUCUGCAGAGAGUCAACCUCCCACCAGUUGGGAGGGAGAACCUCGAAAGCCGAAGAAAUUCAAAGUGUCCAGUAAACCACAGUGCGACACCUCCAUCCUUUACCUCAGACCCAAAGUGCCUCCACAGCCUGGUGUCGUGGGCGCACCACCAUGGAGAGGCCUGCCGCUCCUGCCCCAACCUGAAGGAGGUGCUGGAGGGCCAGUGCUUGGGCUCCGUUAAGGCCGUGUGGGGCUGCGUUGACGGUCACAGAUACAUCAUGGACACCAAGUGCACCACUGCGUCCAAUUCAGGGAACACGCCGACAUUCAUCAGUACAGGGCUAAGUAGUGGCGAUGGAGGGAUGUCAGAAGAGGAGGAGCGGGAACAGGAGGAUGAAGAAGAAGAAGAAGAGCAGUCUGGUGGAAAUGGAAGUGUAAACACUCUGGUUCAACACAGCGGACCUGCAGUCACAGCCCAGACACAAACCUCGCCAUUGGACGACUGGACGGGCAGCAGUGAAGGCCACGAGGAGGCGAUGUCUCCGGCUCUGGUCCAGCUCGAUGACGUGACUGCUGACAGCGAUCUGUCUGACAGGGUCAUCUCUGAGGAUGAGUUUGAGGAGCGUGGGAAAGGAGGCCUCUCAGACGAAGAGUUGUUCGAGCCGUACUCAGACAAGAGAGCUCGCAGGGAAAACGUCCCGAACAAGAGAAGACAAAGUCCCAAGUCCUUAGACGAGCCCAAAGUCAGAAAGAAACCUGGACCCAAACCAGGCUGGAAGAACAAGUUCAAACCUAAAGGAGAGGAGCUUCCCAACAUCUACAAGUGUCCAUAUCAGGGCUGCACCGCGGUCUACAGAGCGCCGGAUGGUCUGAAGAAACACAUCAAAGAGCAUCAUGAGGAGGUGAGGGAGCGACCCUGCCCUCAUCCUGGCUGCAACAAGGUUUUCAUGAUUGACCGCUACCUGCAACGACAUGUGAAGCUCAUCCACACAGACGAGAGGAAUUACAUCUGUGACCAGUGUGGUCAGACCUUCAAACAGAGAAAACACCUGUCUGUCCACCAGAUGAGGCACUCGGGAGCCAAACCCCUCCAGUGCGAGGUGUGUGGAUUCCAGUGUCGCCAGCGAGCGUCUCUUAAAUACCACAUGACCAAGCACAAGGCUGAGGCGGACCUGGAGUUCGAGUGCCUGAUGUGCAGGAAGCGCUUUGAGAAAGCCCACAACCUGAACGUGCACAUGUCCAUGGUCCAUCCGCUGACUCAGGCUGAGGCUCAGAGGGGCGGCAGCCAGCAGCAGCAGCAGUACGCAGACCUCCACACCAUCACCCUGACAGGGGAGGUGGUCCAGCAGGACCAGGACAGAUGACAGCAGGUUGGCUGCAGAUGUACAGAGACUGUAGACCAGGAUCCCAUCCAGACCUGCUGCGUGGUUCCAGUCUCACAUAACACAUCAUCAUGGCAUCACGUUUCAUUUUAGUGGACAAUAACUCAUCUGUUAGUUACACUCCAUCACAUUACCAGCCCUUCAAAGCUACUCCAAACAUGACUUUUAUUCCAGGAUUCAUCUGUUUAAGCACUCGUUCCAACUUCUUUGAAGCACCACAGACCUGCAGUCUGAUGGCAGCAGGCUAACGUUCUGGGAUCCACAGUAAACCUGGUCAGUCCUUUUCUUUCUCUAUAAACUGGUCAACACAGAAGCAAACUAGAGCUGAACAUCCGACAUGUUUUAAACAUGGUCCUGCAGAAAACCAGGCCUGGUGCUGGUUCCGGUUUAUCCUGCUGGUGCUUCCUUUUGGAUGUAUGAUCCUGAUCAGCACCAGCACCAAAUCCCCCCCC